AUGACGGGGACAAGCCGGGAAAGACACCUGGCCUUCUCCCUGAUCCUUACUACUGUAUGCACCUUGGUCUUGGGCCUUUUUUUGUUAGCUGACCUUGGUAUAGGGUGGGAGGCCGGCGCUCUCAUGGGUGCCAUGAUUGAUUAUUGGCAUUAUACGGGUGAUGAUACCUGGAACAAGGUGGUCACCCAGGGUCUUCUUCACCAAGUCGGCAAAUUCAACGAUUACAUGCCAGACAACCAGACGCUCACCGAAGGUAACGACGACCAGGGCUUCUGGGGACUCUCCGUGAUGUCCGCUGCCGAAUACAACUUUCCUAACCCGCCCGCCGACCAACCGCAGUGGCUUGCUCUCGCUCAAGCAGUCUUUAAUACACAAGCUGCCCGAUGGGAUCCCGGACACUGUAAUGGAGGACUUAGAUGGCAGAUUUUUACGUGGAAUAACGGAUUCGACUACAAGAACACCAUCUCGCAGGCUUGCUUCUUUGCACUUGCCAGUCGACUUGCCCUAUACACCGGCAACAGCUCAUACGCCGAAUGGGCCGACAGGACAUGGGACUGGAUGGUGGGCGUCAAAUUUAUCACGGACGAUUAUUACGUGUACGACGGCGGUAACAUUCAGCACAAUUGCACCGAUAUUGUGCCGUAUCAAUGGACGUACAAUGCUGGUGGCAUGGUUCUCGGAGCGGCAGCUAUGUAUAACUUCACGGGAAGCCAAGUCUGGAAGAACCGGCUCGAUGGACUUGUCAAAGCUACGGAUGUCUUCUUCGUCGGCCCGGAGAGCAACAUUAUGCAGGAAGUUGCGUGCGAAACGGUCAACCUCUGCAACCUCGACCAGCAAUCCUUCAAGGCAUACCUAAGCCGUUGGCUGGCAGCUAUCACCCAAUGGGCACCUCAUCUUCAUGAUCGGGUUAUGAGUAAACUUCGCCCGUCGUCCAUUGCGGCCGCAGCUCAGUGCAAAGGAGGUGCCAAUGGCCGCAUGUGCGGGCUCAAGUGGACCGAGAACGGAACAUGGGACGGAAUGCAAGGCGUCGGCCAGCAGAUGGCCGCCCUGGAGGUCACACUGGGAAACCUCGUCAAAGACUCCCGACAACCCGUUACUGCGAGUGGCGGCGGCACCUCAGUCGGUGAUCCCGGAGCUGGUGGUAGCGACAUUGGCAGAAAUGUCCCGGCGGUGGCCGAUUAUGCGCCGCUGGGACCAGGUGCAACAGCUGGCGCAGCAAUCUUGACAUUGAUUGUUCUUGGCUUGUUAAUAGCCGGCAUGAUAUGGAUAUUCUUGGACGAAACUUCUGAGAAAUCGCUGCCAGAACGCUUCUUCGACUUUAGAUCCGCGCUCCUUGGUGGUGGCGCUGUCGCAGCCCUAGCCACUCGGCGGAGCAAAGACGACUUGAACGAGAAAGGCAAAGGUGUCGAUCACGAUGCCUCAAGCGAUGGAGCGAGCUCGCAAGGGAAUGGCGUCACAUCGCCUUUACCGAUGAAAGGCGAGGUUGUCACAAGUGAGAAAGGCGUACCGCAACGAGCUAGUGCCAUCUCUCAAGCGACUGGCACCACCACGGUGCUGGGCAUUCCGAUGGUUCGGGAGAAAAGACUCAGCAAGAAAGCCAAACACCCGGAGUUGAGGAAUAGCGUAGCAUCUGAGCAAUCGGCUCGGAUCGAAUAG